AUGAAAUUCUUCACGGUAUUAUUCUUCAUCGCUUUCGCGGUCGUCCUAGUUAAUGGACAACGAGGAUUUGGACGACGUGGACAUGGUGGUCCUGGUGGACGAGGUGGAAGAAGCGGUGGGGGACCUGGAGGAUUUGGAGGUUUUGCAAGAGGACAUCAAGGACAUGGCGGACAAGGUGGACGAGGUGUAGGCGGUCCCGGAAGAUUUGGCGGUCCAGGUGGAGCUGGCGGACGUCCACCAUUUGGUGGUGCUGGAGGCAAACCUCAUGGUCCUCAUGGUCCUCAUGGUCCUCAUGGUCCUCGCCCAUGCCAACCAUGGCCUCAACCAUCAUCUUCAUCUGUUGCACCUGAAUCUUCAUCUGCUGCAGCUGAAUCUUCAUCUGUUGCACCUGAAUCUUCAUCUGCUGCACCUGAAUCUUCAUCUGCUGCACCCGAAUCUUCAUCUGUUGCAGCUGAAUCUUCAUCUGCUGCACCUGAAUCUUCUUCUGCUGCACCCGAAUCUUCUUCUGCUGCACCGGAAUCUUCUUCUGCUGCACCUGAAUCUUCAUCUGUUGCAGCUGAAUCUUCUUCUGUUGCAGCUGAAUCUUCAUCUGUUGCAGCUGAAUCUUCAUCUGCUGCAGCUGAAUCUUCUUCUGCUGCACCGGAAUCUUCAUCUGUUGCAGCUGAAUCUUCAUCUGUCUCUGCAUAGAGUUCUGUUGGGAGCGUCAGUUUUUAUAAAUAAAAAUUAUUUUAUC